AUGGAAGCCAACGGCGAAGUCACCGAGCCGCCUGUAAGGCUCAACGGCGACGGGGGCGACAAUGAGCGGAAACGACUUCCCGAACGCCCAGACGAGGAACCUGCUACUAAGAGGGCAAAGGCCGAGAAUGGCAGCGUCGUCGCAAGGAAGGAUGAUGACCCGUCUGAGACCGACAUCAAGCCUCUGCCAAAGGGAACGGCCCCCGUGAAACAAGAGUACCUGAUCAAAGUGCCAAGUCGGGUACUCGAGGCGGGAGAUAGAGUCCAGGCCAAGGCAGGUGGUGUUGACGAUGAUGCUGCCGAGGACAAAGGCAUUGAUGCCAGAGACCAAGGCGGCGGCAGAGGCAAGAACAAGAAGCAACGCGGUGUCAACACCGAGAGGGAAUUCGGCUUCUCGAAAGACACCCUUGAACUGUGCCAGACGCGCGCUCAUAGCAACGAGUUCUCCCCAAAGGAGUGCAAGCACGGCGCACGUUGCAACCGGCUGCACGACCUCCGCAAGUAUCUCGCAGACGGAAGGCGUGCGGAUCUCCAAGUCCUUGGCGGAAAGUGCCCCGUCUGGGAGAGGACUGGCGAAUGCCACAUGGGCUGGAAAUGCCUCUUCGUUCAGUCACACAUGACCGAGACUACCCACGACGACGGCAGGAACGAGCUGUGCCUUGUGAAAGACCCGAGUCGAUUCCCGUCUGAGAACCCGGCAGAUGACGAUGGAUUUGCCGACGGCUUUGCGGGCAUCGUGAACAACGUACCGGGAGCCAAGAAAAUCGAGCUUUCUAGGAAGAAGAAGGACUUCUCCAAAUCCGACCAGUGCAUCCGGUGGCAAGAUGAAGACAUCAAACUGGCUCGGAGUGUCUUCAACUCAAAACGCGGAGACGGGACCCCCAAAACGCAGAGCGAAAAGACACAGGAGUACCGGGCCGCCUUCGUGGAUCCGCCCUUCAAGCCAUCUGAGAAGAGAAGGGUCUACUUCGGCCGCGAAACACCAGUUUUGGCCCCGCUCACCACCCAGGGAAACCUGCCAUUCCGCCGCCUUUGCGUCGAGCUCGGGGCGGGAGCAACAUACUCAGAAAUGGCUGUCGGUAUGCAUGUCCUGCAGGGCCAACGUUCCGAAUGGGCGCUCCUCAAGGCCCACGAGAGCGAGACUACACCACCUCGCUUUGAGAACCCCAGUGCUGCACCUCUUGGGUACGACAACACUCGUGACCUCAAGUUUGGCGCCCAGAUCGCCGCCAAUGCGCCCUGGAUUGCUAUCAAGACCACUCAGGCCCUGUCCGAGUACCUUCCUCACCUUCGCCUGGUAGACCUGAACUGCGGUUGUCCAAUUGACAAGGUCUACAAAGAAGGUGCGGGCUCUGCACUACUCGACAUGCCUUCAAAGCUGGAGCGCAUGGUACGCGGCAUGAACGCUGUGUCGGGAGAGGUGCCCAUCACAACGAAACUGCGGCUUGGUGUCAAGAGCGACAAGCCCACCGCUAAGAAGACUAUCGAACGGUUGGGGUUUGGAGGAACUGAGACCAGCGAUGUGCUCGGAGCCCCGGGGUGCGCCGCCAUCACGCUGCACGGCCGCUCCCGUCAGCAGCGGUAUCGUUCAGCCGCCGAUUGGAGCUACAUAGCCGAGUGCGGUGCAAUGAUCCAGUCCUACCGUGACAAGAAGGACGAGCUGACCGAUACGGUGCGCGAGCCGGACCCAAGUACAUUGCCCAAUGGUGGACGAAUGUAUUUCCUCGGAAACGGGGACUGCUACUCACACGUCGAUUACUUCAGCGAUAUUCAAGAUGCACGCGUCGACACCGUGAUGAUAGCUCGUGGUGCCCUUAUCAAGCCGUGGGUUUUCGAAGAGAUUGAAAAGGGCCAGUACCUUGACAAGUCGUCGACCGAGCGUCUUGGCUACGUCGAAAAGUUUGCCCGUUAUGGCCUUGAGGCGUGGGGCUCCGACGAGCUUGGUGUGAGCACUACGAGAAAGUUUCUUUUGGAGUACCUAAGUUUCACCCACCGGUAUAUACCCGUCGGAAUUUUGGAGCAUCUACCUCCCAAGAUCAAUGAUCGCCCGCCUGCCUACCGGGGACGUGAUGACCUGGAGACGUUGCUUGCGAGUGACAACUACAAGGACUGGGUGAAGAUCAGGCUCAAGACCGUCCAGUCUAAGGUGAAGGCCAAGGCCGUCGCGAGCUACAAUGCGAUGUAA